UCUUACAUCAUCCAUGUCUAGGGCUACUCUAGAACAACCGCCAGAGGUGAUGAUUGUUUCUCUGUUCGUAACACCAGAGAAUGGGGUCCUCAUUCAAGACAGUUUCUCUAUGAAGAAGUCUCACAGCUCUAUGCUUGGUAUGCAGGUGCCCUAUUACUACUUUGCUAGGAAGGCAGAGGAUACAGACAAAGCCGAUGCCAAUGCCGCACUAGACGAGAGCAUGAAUCGUCCACAGACCACUGCAGCGCCAUCUUUCACAUCAAAGGCUGUUUCACGACGUACUAUGCGUGAUUUCAUUGGUCUAGAGGAUGCAG